ACUGCAGCCCCAACAACUGCAGCCCCAACAACUGAAGCCCCCGCAACUGCAGCUCCAACAACUGCAGCCCCCACAACUGCAGCUCCAACAACUGCACCCCCAACAACAACUACUGUUACUACUACCACUGCAGCUCCCCCACCAAUUGUGGUUCUCCAAGCAGUCUUGAUAGAACCAUUUGUAGAAGAACUCACUGAUAAAAACAGCAUGGAAUUCAAGACUCUUGAAGCAAACGUUGUAGCAGUGUUAACUGUCAUCUACAGGACCCAAUUUGGCGCUAUUUUCAUCCGCAUUUAUGUCAUCGAGUUCAGGCAAGCUGUGGCCAGAACACGAAUGGGAAAUACUGAACUAGUGCUCGGGAUUGAGUUCAAUCAAACUGCUUCAGCUUCAGAAAUCCCACAGACUAAUGUUGUUGCAGAAACCUUAGUCGACGCUGUGUCUAACAACAGUACCUCAAACCUCCUUUUUGUUGCCACCUCCAUCGAAGCAACUCAAGGAAAUGUUACAACGGCAGCACCCUCUUUAAAUACUACAACUACUGCAAUCUCACCUGCUGCAACUACAACUACCAGUGCUGCAACUACGGCUACAACGACCUCAACUACAACAGCUGCAGCUACAACUGCCUCAACUACAACUGCAACUGCUGCAACUACAACUACAACAACUACUACAACCACCACAUCAGUAACGACAACUGCUGAGGCAAUGACAACAAGGCGAUUGAUUUUCAGAUCUGCUGGAGAGACAUUUACAAGUGACUUGCAGAAUCCAUCAUCUGCAGCUUUUACGAGGCGAGCCUCAAUAAUAAAGACGAUGAUUGAACCUUUGUACCAAGAAGCAUUUCCUUCAUUCCGCACAUUGAUGGUGCUUUUUUUCAGUAAUGGCUCAAUCAUCAACCACUCGGACCUUACAUUUUUAUCCACAUCUGUUCCUAAUGGCACUCAGAUUAUAGAUGUUUUGGUCGGAGCAGCUUCAAACAUCACAGCCUUCAACAUUGACACCACCUCCAUUUCUGUGGAUGGCAUACAAGUGUCAAGUGGAGUAAGCCACAAGAUCAGGCUCAUCACUGCAUCCUUCCUUGUGCUGCUGUCAUGGCUACUGUCAAGCCAGCAAUAGUGCAGGGGUUAUGUCAAUGUGAAAUAACACUUAUACUACUGAUAUUUUUCUGUUUGACGUCCCAGAAAGCCCAUCCAUGAGACAACUUUAAGCAUCUGGUCCACUGAAUAAAAACAAGUUAUCACUGUAAUUAAUUGCGUAAAAAAUGAGAGUAAUGACAAUUGAAACCUUGUAUAUCAGACACACCACACAUAAAACUUUCUCUAUGUACAAACACAAUUUUGACUUAUUGUGCUAUAAUAAUACUGUAUAGUUUAGAACAACUAACAUUUACAUUUAACAUAAUGCCCUGCAUGAUUAUAAAGUCACUUUUCUUAUUUAUAUGAAUUUAUAUUAUCAUACAUAUGUGUAAUCUGUGAGCUGACCUGUAUUUUUGUACAAUUUGAGUAAAAAAGACUAGGUCUUAUUGAUGAUCAGAAUACAAGAAAUGUGUAUACUAUAUUAUUAUAGGUUUUUAACAUCUAAAGUGGAUAAAAAAAAGUGUAUCACAUUAUAUUGAAGAUGCAUCCAUUAAAGGCACUGAAGAUAUGA